CCUCUUUUUCUUUUUCGGUUAUUAUUUAGUGACUUAUUCUGCUGCCUGGUUCUCUUCUGCCCGUGAACAGUUUCCCGUUAGAUUCGUCUAACCGCGCACUGUGUGUGUAUGACUCACUAUUAGGCCGAUCAGUGGCCGUGAACGAACGUCAGCCACACCGAACCUUCUUUUUCUUUCUUCUGCUGUUCCCUAUCUCUUGCCCGAUUUAACCGACAUGGAUAAUUCUACAACACUAGACGACAUGACGAUGGGCUUGGCGCUGAUCACUCGAGCUCAACCUUCUUCCUACCCACCCACCCAACCACCACCACCACUGCAUCAGCGGGGGGUAAAGAACGGGUGGGUUCUUUUAUUCUUUUUCUUGUCGUCUUGGAAACGGCCAUAAGCAGCAAAGACGAGACGAAAGAGGAGGAACAGAGAAAUCGAUAACAACAAGCAGAAAUCUACAUAAUUCAAUCGUGUAAAAGCAAUAAGCAGCAACCCGAAUCGCUGAACAUUUCCGGGGACGAAUAAAGUUCACGAGAUCAAAAUUCUGUUGGCCCAACGGCAAUCGGAUGGAAACGAAGCUGGAUCCAAAGCAAAGAAAAAAGACAAGAGGAAGAACGAAACAAGAGGACGGAAGAAGAGCAGGUGGGGGAGUAGUUACACCACCACCCACCGCACUCAUCGCUCGGAUGAUCCAAUAGAAACCCAAUGGAAAUGUGUAACCAGUUGCAGUCCAUGUUCAGACAAAGGAUCGUCGAGACCUUUUUUUUUCCAUAUUUCAUCGUGCAGUCUUCGCUCAUUGAAAUUCGCUGCAGCAAGUUGCAACAGCUUCGGCCUGAUGGAUGGAACAUCAUGACGACCAUCCGAUAUUCCCACCCAGCAGUGAUGGUGACGGCCUUUGUGCUCUUGACAUUCAUCGUCUCAAAGUCCUACAUCCUCCCAGGGGUCACGGCAGAGUUUUACAUCGGAGAAUAUCAAACGUUUGCCGAUCAUUCCGCUCGGAAUAAAGUGAAAGAGACACAUCCAGUAUUUCGUCCGUACAACAUGAACGACGACAGCGGUGGAGGGAUUGAUGACGACGAUGACGACGAGAGCAACGAAUUGAUCGGGAGAUCGCAGUCGGAGAAGCAGAGCCGCCGCCACCAACAUCGCCAGGGUUCAGUCGGACGAGGAUUGAGCACAUUCAACCCGUUGACGCCGGGCGGAACCAUUUACCUGGCCUUUAUCUUCCUGAUCCCGUUGACGGUGGGCAAAACCGGCUUUGGCCAGGGCAAAUCCUAUUCAAAAACCAACGGUCCACUGGAGCGUUUAAUUGACAAAGUCCAGCAAGACCAGCAGAGCCUUUACAGUGAAAUGGGCUACGUCGACGGAAAUCUCAUGUUGCGCAGAGCCUGGCGCGACAUACGUGACUCGCUGGCCAAGAAGCUGCUCUGGUGGCCGUGGCGACGGCGCCUUCGCGACAUGUCAGACAUGGUCGCCAGUAACAGGAGGAAUAAUGGCACCAACCAUUCCAAUCGGAAAAAGAGGAAGAAAAAGUACUACUACAAGUCCGCAAAAUGACGACCACUGCAGUAAUUAUCGUUAAUUUGUCCUGCUGUUGAUCCCUCCUCCUAUUUAUACAUAAUCUGUAUGCACACAAAAAAAAGAAAAAAGAGCUGGGUCUGUAUCCUUACAGUUACGACAUGGGCGAUGUCUAAGCUAUUUCUGUAAAAAGGGGAAAUAAAAUAAAUAAAAUAAAAAGGUGGAAAGA